GUGGUAGUUCACAAACUAAGAGCAACGAUGUCUGAAGUAGCACCAGCCCCAGCACAAACGCCAGCACCAGUUGAAGAGGCGCAACCGGCCAACACGGCCAAUGUGACCUCGACCGUGACCAAAGACAACCGGACUGCUGCCCAUACACAUAUCAAAGGGCUAGGCCUUGAUGAGCGUGGAUUUGCCAAACAGAUCGACGAUGGAUUUGUUGGACAAAAGGAAGCUCGUGAAGCAUGUGGUAUUGUCGUCGAUUUGAUUAAAACCAAAAAAAUGAGUGGUAAGGCCAUUUUGCUUGCCGGCGGUCCAGGUACAGGUAAGACCGCAUUGGCAUUGGCAGUUUCGCAAGAAUUGGGCCCAAAGGUUCCAUUUUGCCCCAUUGUUGGAUCAGAAUUAUAUUCUGUUGAAGUGAAAAAAACUGAGGCUUUGAUGGAGAACUUUAGAAAAGCAAUUGGUUUGAGAAUCAAAGAAACCAAAGAAGUUUACGAGGGUGAAAUCGUCGAGCUUACCCCAGAGGAGGCCGAGAACCCAUUGGGUGGUUACGGUAAGACCAUCAAACACGUUCUUGUUGGAUUAAAAACUUCUAAGGGUACCAAAAACUUGAAGCUUGAUCCUUCAAUAUAUGAGUCAAUACAAAAGGAGAAGGUAUCAGUUGGUGAUGUCAUAUAUAUUGAAGCAAACACAGGUGCUGUGAAAAGAGUUGGUAGAUCGGAUGCAUAUGCUACUGAAUUUGAUCUAGAGGCGGAAGAAUACGUUCCAUUGCCUAAGGGUGAGGUUCACAAGAAGAAGGAAAUUGUUCAAGAUAUCACAUUGCACGAUUUGGAUGUUGCAAAUGCCAGACCACAAGGUGGUCAAGACAUUUUGUCAAUGAUGGGACAACUACUCAAACCUCGUAAAACCGAGAUUACAGAAAAACUUAGAACAGAGGUGAACAGAAUGGUCUCUAAAUAUAUCGACCAAGGAGUGGCGGAGUUAGUCCCUGGUGUUUUGUUCAUUGAUGAAGUUAACAUGCUUGAUAUCGAAUGUUUCACAUUUUUGAAUAGAGCGUUGGAGUCCACAAUUGCUCCGGUGGUGAUUCUUGCAUCCAACAGAGGCUUGACAACAGUGAGGGGUGCAGAAGACAUAAAAUCGCCACACGGCAUUCCACCUGAUUUGAUCGAUAGGUUGUUGAUUGUCAAGACGUCAGCUUACAGCUAUGAUGAGAUUAAGAACAUUAUUCUCAAGAGAUCCAAGAUUGAGAGUAUCUUGGUGUCUAAUGAAGCUCUAGAUAAAUUAUCAGAAGUUGCAACAAGAGCAUCUCUCAGAUAUGCUUUGCAGUUGUUAUCACCAGCAAACAUAUUGGCACAAAUUGGCGGAAGAAAAGAGGUUGGUUCUGACGAUGUUGAUGAAUGUCAAGUGUUGUUUUUAGAUGCUCAACGUAGUACAAAAGUCUUAGAGCAAGGUCAAGGUUAUUUAUAAUGUUUAAGCUUCUAUCAAAGUAAAGUCAAGAAAAAUAUAUAAAAGAAUCUUUAGUAAUAUGUAUAAUUAAUCACAAUUUUCGUUCCCAUAUUGAA